AUGUCUCGGUCGAGCCACAUUUUGCUGCGGUUCGUGGAGAUCCUCAGCAUCAUCCUCACUGAGAUUGAUAUUGAGACCCAGACUAUCCUGAGUGGUCAUGGUUCCUUCGAUUUUCACAGGCUUUUUGUGAAGGGAAUCCAGGUUUGCGAUGCGAACUGCGCACGGUGUCGUGUCUUUGCCCACCAAGUCAGUGGCUGCAAUCCCGACCGCAAGGUGCCUUGCCAGACUGGAUGGCACUGCAUGGAGUGCCGCCCGGGAUACGAGCUGUGGUUCGACCGGUGUUUUCAGCCCUGCCCCGCCGGUUAUUUUCGCUACGGUUACCAGUGCCAGCGCUGCUCCCUGAACUGUCUUGAAUGUACCGGACCGCACCCGCACGAGUGCAUCCGUUGUGCUCCAACGCACAUUUUCGACGAUCGUAAACUCUGCACGAAGCGGUGCCCCGACGGGUUUUAUCCGGCGCUCGACGAUGGGAAGACGGGCGCGACUGUAAUCUACCCAGAUCUUGGUGAUGGUCGACGAGAAACAGUGGACUACAUGGGCUGCGGCACGUGUCAUCACACCUGCAAAACUUGUCGCAGCUGGACAGCAAUCGCUUGCACUUCGUGCGACGCCGAGAGCUACUUUCGUCCUAUCUUCUUUGCUGCAAACGCAGGCAUCACCGAAAGACAGCCGCCAGGAACGGGCGAAUGCGUAAAAACGCCAAAUCUUAGGUAUUUUCAAUCCUGUUGCGCUUCCUAGAUUCUGAUCGUUAAGAUGCUCUGUCGUGGAAUACUUCUAGAUGUUUACGCCAAAUAGAUCUGUAUACUGCUACGCUUCUAGGCCAAAGCUAAAGCAGAGUAGCGUACUCGCGAGACAGCGUGCUCGCGUAGGGCUACUAUGCAGACGAGUACAACGAAGCAGCGUACUCGCGAAUCGCGUCGCACGCGCAGAUUGCAUAAUUUCUUCAUUCGCAUACGCAUUCCAAGAAGCAACAAGCUGCUAGAACUAGAAAGAAAGGCUUCGUGGAUAUCAAGUCAUCUUCUGUAUUCACUAUAUUAAGUCUCUCCAUGAUAUUAAAAACUUGCAAGGUUCUAUCGCCGCAAGCCCGAGGAUACGCGUCAAUACGAGUGUCCAGAGGGAACGUUGGAGUGCGAAUCUUCGUGGAGGGCAUUUCGGUGCGAUCCCAGCACUCACUUCCCCCCUAUCAUUCAAGCCGAUCAGGUUCCGUAGAAAAUGCAAAUAUGUCCGGGUCUGCAAAAGUGCAACGCUUGGCAUGCGUAUUUUACGUGACCCAUGAUGUGUAGUGUGUGUCCCAGCACCAAAGAUGUUUUGCCUGCUCUUUCCUUUUGAUGCCUAUCCGGCAUAGCAAAAAAACUAAAUAUUCUCUCUACGUAGCAAAAACUGGACUCCUUUGACCGUUCACGGAACACAGAUUUUUUCAGAGUCCAAAAGUGACAUCACUCACAAGUUGUACCCUUCCAGGCCCAGACAUGAUGUUUGCACACGCAUACUGCGAAGUGCCAUGCCAUUCAGCAGCUGGAUCAGAGCUCCAUCACCGCCGAAACCUACCUGGGCGACGCAGUGAACAACCCAGGCGCACCGUCGUGGUCGAGUGUGAGUGACGUCGCGUUGGAGGGUCUCGGCGUCAUGACCGCGGCCGCUGCUGCGUCGUCAUCGACGGUUUUACGGCAAUUAGUCACGAAGUGGCUCCGCCGCCAGUUACACGAGCGAGACGUCAAGCGACAAACAACGACGCCUGCGCCGCUAUGGGUGUGUCAGGAUUGAAAUCGUCAAAGUUGAAAUAGUUUGUCAUGCAUAAAAUGGAUACCAAUUAGCCUUACAGUUUGUAGUCGGUGCAUGACAAAUUUUCCCGGUCCUGGAAGCGAGUCUGUCAUGCGGUUUAGGGCAAAAGAGCUGCCUUCUGUCAUGCUAGUUAGCAGUCCAACUUUUGACCCUUACCAGGACUAUGAUCUGCGUCCCGUUGGUCCUCUGCAAUAGAGUCACUUUUUGAUUUUGUGUCGCAUUUUAUGCAUUACAAAUUAUUUCAACUUUGACGAUUUCAAACCUGACGCUUCCAUAGCCGCCCCGUGCAGUUUACUCCGGCGAAGGACCCACUUCUACUUCUGGUGACGAUAUUUCCUUGUCUGCAGUCCAGCACCGAAGUCAGCCGGCCACAACAACGCCCGCGCCGCACCUAGGAGAGGCAGGUGAAACACCGCGUCUGCGUCGACGCGGCGGCGCCUCUAGCGGCCUUCCAAACCCACCCAGACCCACCGAGCGGAUUGCGGAAAGUAGGGAGGACCUUCUUCACGACGAGAACGAAGUAGACGAAAAUGGAAAUGACUCGGAAGAAGGGUCUUCAUCACCACCGGAGGACGAGCCGGGCCUUGCUAGUAGAGGCGGUAGCGCAACAAGACCAUCUUCUCCGGUGCCAGGGGAACAAGUCGCUGAAACUGCAACGGACCACACGACCACCGCUGGCGGGGGUGCUGUGGUGGCAGGUAAUAAACCCAGUAUGGGAAUGCACAACUACUGCCCCUCAACCUCAUCUGGAUUGCAAAAAUGCCAAAUCCUGUCUGAGCCUUAUGGCUGUGCUUGCAUAACAAGUUCUGGAAGCCGCCCUCCAAACUGCACUAAUAUACUCCGUCGUGCGUAGAUUCGUGAUGCAAACAAAGACUGUAUUCUUGAGGUUGUUUCUGUUGCUAGAGAUGCACUCGAAAUGAGGGGGAGGGGGAAUUGAGUACUCUCAUACCCAGAGGUGGCCCACCACGACCAGGAACUACAAUGCCCGCUGAGGAAGAAGAACAUGGACAAGAAGAAGACCAGAGGGCACACGGCGGCCAAGAGGAAGAAUCGGACGCACUGCCAGAGGAGGUGAGUAACUGGAUAAAUCUGCACACGUACGUGUCGCCAGGCAGUAUUCUUGAGAAGGCCAUCCUGAGCGGCGAGGCGGGCAAAAAUCUAUCCACCCUCUUUGGCGAGCUGAACCGGACACAGGCGGAACAGGUUUUGUACCAAGCCGGGAAGCGGCGACUGCAGAAGGUAAAAGAACUGCAGCAGAAAGUGCAGAAAAACACAGACGCGAAAAAGCAGCACCGAGAACGAAAAGCGUACGAUGGCAAUGUGGAGCGAGUGAUGGGCGCCGCGUCGCACCGGGAGCACCAGCGCCUUCCUCGAAAACGAAAUCGCUAUAAAGGAAAGCGCACAAGGGCCGAGGUGCUGCAGGCUGAAGCUCAAGAAGCAGCCGCGAUGGCAAAGCAAGCGAGAGAUCAGCAGGGAUAGAGCAGCACAAAUUCGCCGAGUUAAGAGAGAUCUUCACAGAAGAACAGCCAAAGAAGAUAACUGUGGCUGAUGUACUACGUGUUGCCAGAUAUAUAGCUCGAUGAAAAAGCGGGCGUGUUGCAAAACUUAAGGACCGUGCAAGAAGCCUAGCACUGCUUAAAACGCAAAUCAUAAGGGAAAAACCAUGACGCGACAGCACCUAUGCAUCUUUAUUCUAGUACUCAACACGGCAGCGACACCGCGGCCAGCCAUUCGCUAGGUAUGACAUGUUCUGAU